AUGGGGGUGGAUGCCUUUGGCCGUAUGAUCCGCCGCCCGGGCAGACGCCACAACUCCCGCUCCGUCUCCAACUCCAGGUCUCCAUCACGCUCCAGGUCUCGCUCCGUCUCCACCAACGGCAGCUCCAGGUCCCGGUCCAUAUCUCCACCUCGCUCCAGGUCCCGACGGAGACGUAAAUACUCACUGUCCCCAUCACGGUCUCGGUCUCGGUCUGACUCCCGCUCGGUCUCUGGGUCCAGUGACUCUGAACCCCGAAGCUCCCGACGACGCAGUACGAAGAAAAACCCCUCUAGACCCCUGGACCCCAGGGUCUCGAACUUGCCCCCCAGCAGUAUAGGGUUCGAGGCGGGUCGUAAGAAGGCUAAAGGAGCCCUCGUCAAGCCCCAGGCGGUGGGGAGGUCCCGUAGGAGGAGGAGGAGUGUGUCCAGGAGCUCUUCUUCGUCGUCCUCCUCCAGCAGCAGCGGCAGCAGCGCCGGCGCCAGACGAG